GUUUCAUUUUGCGAUGACGUCGCCGUGAUGUCUAAGCUCUUAGCCGCGCUCUCUCCGACGCCCUCCGGCUGGUCCACCUCUACACAUCCCUGUACUUGGGAUUAUGUCGAGUGCCAGUCCGGCAAUGUGGUCAUCAUCAGCCUCGCCUCCCAGUCCAUCUCCGGCGAACUCCCUUCCGAGCUCACACACCUCGCGUCUCUCCGAUCACUUUCCGUCCGGCAAAACUUCCUCUCCGGGCGCUUGCCGUCUUUCGCUAAUAUGUCCAGACUCGAAAGGCUCAACUUAGACAGCAAUGAGUUCAGCUCAAUCCCCCAAGAUUUCCUCUUGGGUCUUCCCAAUUUGCGGAUUUUCAACGUUUCCGACAAUCACAAACUCAGCCCAUGGCAAAUUCCUAGUUAUUUGACCCAAAGCACACCACCCUUGGAAUCUUUCUCCGCGAGCAAUGCCAGUAUCACCGGCGUCAUUCCUAAUUUCUUCGAUUCUUUCCCGAAUCUCCAGAACCUGGAAUUAUCCUACAAUAACCUCACCGGGUCUCUGCCUGGGUCGUUUGGGAGGUCGGAGAUACAGAAUUUGUGGCUGAAUAACCAAAAACAGGGGCUCUCCGGGACUAUUGAUGUGCUUUCCUCAAUGACCCAACUCUCCCAAGUUUGGCUUCAUGCCAAUGCCUUCACGGGUCCGAUCCCUGACCUUUCCAAAUGCGUAAAUCUCUUCGAUUUGCAGCUCGCAGACAACCAAUUGACCGGGGUUGUACCAGUUUCCAUAACGGCUCUUCCAAAAUUGGUGAACAUUAAUCUUCAGAACAACAAUUUGCAGGGUCCGAUGCCUGAAUUUGGUAAUAACGUCAAGAUUAAUGUUUUUGGUAACAGUUUCUGUAUUGGUGCACCUGGACCUUGCGAUUCAAAGGUCACAGCACUUCUUGCUGUUGCUGAGGGUCUUGGGUAUCCAAUCACGCUCGCCCAAUCUUGGGUAGGGAAUGAUGUGUGCUUCGACUGGGCAUUUAUAUCUUGUGAGGCGCCGGGGAAUGUGAUUACUGUGAAUCUUCAAAAACACCAUUUUUCAGGUACUAUUUCACCCGCUCUUGCCAAUUUGACUUCAUUAAGGAACCUGUAUUUGAAUGAUAAUAAUCUUACUGGCCCAAUCCCAGAGAGCUUGACUACUUUGCGUAAUCUUAAAGUCCUAGAAGUGUCCAAUAACAAUUUGUCUGGGCCUAUACCUGUUUUUCCAUCUUCUGUAAACUUUUCUCAUGGCGGCAACUUAUUUCUUGGGAAGAAUGUGAGUACCGGUGGUGGAUCACCGGGCUCAGGCCGCAAUUCAAAUGGAUCCUCCAUUUCAGCUGAAAUAAAGAUUGUUGUUGGGGUUAUAUCUUUUAUUGUUGGUAUGGUUAUGGCUUUUGGGUCUUACAAGUAUUCCAAGAAGCGGCUGCAUAAGAUGAUGGUUAGUGAAAAGGGCACUGCAGCUUCGACUGAGAUAAAGAAACGGGACAUAGUUGAUGGUGGGAGAAAUUUUUCUGCUCACGAAGAUGGAAACAUUGCUAUUCCCAUCCAAGUUCUUGAAAAAGCCACAAACUUUUUUAGCGAAGAAAAUGUGUUGGGGAGCGGAGGAUAUGGAGUGGUAUAUUUGGGUGAACUAGAUGAUGGAACUAAGGUUGCUGUGAAAAAGAUGAAAGAUGGGGCAACGCAUACUAAAGGAAUGAAUGAGUUCCAAGCAGAAAUUGCCUUUCUUACCAAAGUGAGGCAUAGGAAUUUAGUUGCACUGAUUGGUUAUUGUAUCAAUGACAACAAUAGGCUUUUGGUGUACGAGUAUAUGCCACAAGGUACAUUGGGUCAUCAUUUAUUUGAAUGGGAGAAGCAUGGCUUUGAUCCUCUAACUUGGAAGCAAAGGGUGACAAUUGCAUUAGAUGUGGCCAGGGCGAUCGAGUAUCUUCAUAGUUUGGCUCAUCAAAGUUUCAUUCACCGAGACAUAAAAUCCUCAAAUAUUCUACUUAGUGAUGACAUGAGAGCCAAGGUCGCAGAUUUUGGAUUGGUUAGAAAAGCUCCAAAUGACAAAUCUUCUUUUGAGACGCAAGUUGCUGGAACAUUUGGUUACCUUGCACCUGAAUAUGCUACAACAGGACGAGCCACAAACAAAGUAGAUGUUUAUGCAUUUGGAGUUGUUUUAAUGGAGAUAAUCACUGGCAAAAAAGCAGUAGAUGAGACGUUGCCUGACGAGACGUGUCACUUGGUUACAUGGUUUCACAAGAUUAUAAGAAAAAGCCACAACCUUAAAAACACUAUCGACCGAACUUUUGAUCUUGAUGACCAAACAUUUGAGAGCAUUUCUAAGGUUGCAGAGUUGGCAGCUCACUGCACUGCUGACAAAUAUUUUCUACGACCAACUAUGGAACAUGUUGUUAACGUCCUUGGUCCCUUUGCAAAUAAGUGGAAGCCUUUGAGACCAGAAGAAAUAGAGAAAAAGUAUGGUGGUCUUGACAUUCACAUGAGCCUUCCUCUUGCGUUUGAAUACUCAUCCAUUGAAAGUUUGUCUUUUACAGAAGCCAAACUCAAUGGACAUCGUCUCAAUCAAAGUGCGCAUUUUUAA